UUCUUUCAAUUUUGUUGAAUUUGAAAUGAAACCUUUCCAACACCAAAAAUUCACAAAAAAAAACUAUCUCCUCUCUCCAUCUCCGGCCACCGCGUAACUAAAAAUGGCUCCACACUUCGUCUUCCCUCAAACCCUCCGAUCACUAGAGGAAGACCCAACCGACGACACCACCAACAACAACCGCCUCUACGUUCAAACCCUAGCCGACCUCGUUUCCCUCCGCCCCUCCCAACUCGAAGAAUUCGUCAAAGGCGUCUCCUUCGAUCUCUCUGAUAAAGAACUGUUCUGCAUUGAGGAACAAGAUGUGUUCGAUCGUGUGUACUCGUUAGUACUGAAUUUCGCUACUCUCUCGUCGUCUUGUAAACUCAAUCUUGUCGAAAGCCUUCGGUCUAAUCUCAGUGUUCUUCUUCCGAAUGUUGAUUCGCUUUCGCGGGUUUCGCAUUGCCAAGAUAGUGAUGAUACUCCCUUGCUCGAUAGGGUUACGUCACAUAGAAAUGCUUUUAAGAUUUAUACUUUUUUUCUUCUCCAUAUUGUUCUUGCCGAGGAGUCAAUUGCCAAUGCCAAUACCGCCAAUUUGAAGGUGACUGCAAGUGCCAGGAAGAAAAAGCCUGUGAAGUCGUGGAAUUGGGAACCACAAAGGGGUCGAAUACUUAAUGUGAUAGCUAAUUCGUUAGAAGUCAACCUUUCGUUGCUCUUUGGAUCAUCGGAUCCUGAUGAAAAUUGUCUCUCUUUCAUUGUGAAAAAUGCUUUCUCUAUGUGUGAGAAUCCAGUACUUCUAAAAGACUCCGAUACAAAAGAUGCUCUGUGUCGUAUGAUUGGGGCUUGUGCUACAAAGUAUCACUACGCAGCACAAUCAUGUGCUUCAAUCAUAUAUCUAAUUCAUAAAUAUGAUUUCAUUGUAACCCACAUGGCUGAUGCGGUUGCUAGAGCUGAGAAAAAGUAUGCUGAUGGCACUCUUGCAAGUUCUCUUAUCAGAGAGAUUGGGAGGACAAAUGUUAAAGCUUAUGUUAAGGAUACUGUUGGAGCUGAAAAUGUUGGGCGUUUCCUUGUAGAACUUGCUGAUAGGAUGCCGAAGUUUGUUUCAACGCACAUAGGUUUGUUGGUCCCACACUUUGGUGGGGAAUCAUAUAAAAUAAGGAAUGCUCUAGUUGGCGUUUUGGGAAAGUUAGUAGCUAAGGCUUUUAAGGAUGUUGAGGGUGAAGUGAGUUCGAAGUCUGUGCGUCUUCGAGCAAAGCAAGCCAUGUUGGAAAUCUUACUUGAACGGUGUAGAGAUGUUGCAGCCUUUACUAGGAGUCGAGUUCUUCAGGUUUGGGCUGAGCUAUGUGAAGAGCAUUCUGUUUCAAUUGGUUUGUGGAAUGAGCUUGCAGCAGUUGCUGCUGGGAGAUUGGAGGAUAAAACUGCAAUGGUUAGAAAAGCUUCUUUAAAUUUACUUAUCAUGAUGUUGCAGCAUAAUCCCUUUGGUCCACAACUUCGAAUAGCUUCAUUUGAAGCAACAUUGGAGCAGUACAAGAAGAAAUUGAAUGAGCUUGAGCCGGAUGCAAGUGAACAGAAUCUUAGGGAUGAUUUGCAAUCUAAUAAUAAUACUUCUAAUGUAGAGGAUGAGGUUGAUAAUUUAAAUGCUGAAGAGGUGGCUGAGAAGCAGCAAGAAAGUCUGACUGAUAGUUUGGCUCAAUUGGAUGAUGCUUCUAGUCAGAAGGAUAGCUCAGUUCCAGAUGUUGGGAACACGGAGCAAACUCGGGCCCUAGUUGCAUCUCUUGAGGCUGGCUUGAGGUUCUCUCAGUGCAUAUCUGCCACGAUGCCUACACUUGUUCAAUUAAUGGCUUCUUCGUCUUCCACAGAUGUUGAGAACACAAUUCUUUUGCUAAUGAGGUGCAGACAGUUUCAAAUUGACGGGGCAGAAGAAUGCCUUCGGAAGAUGUUGCCACUGGUGUUCACUCAAGACAAAUCCAUCUAUGAAGCUGUGGAGAAUGCCUUUAUGACUAUUUAUGUAAGGAAAAGUCCGGUAGAAACAGCUAAAAAUCUUUUGAGUCUUGCAAUUGAAUCAAAUAUUGGAGAUCUUGCAGCUUUGGAAUUUAUCAUUAAUGCGCUGGUCUCUAAAGGUGAAAUAUCUACAAGCACGAUAUCGACCUUAUGGGAUUUCUUUUGCUUUAAUGUUAGUGGAACCACAGCCGAACAAAGUCGUGGUGCUUUAUCUGUUCUUUGCAUGGCUGCAAAAUCAUCCCCGUGCAUUCUUGGCUCUCACUUGCAAGAUAUUAUUGAUAUUGGAUUUGGUCGCUGGGCUAAAGUUGAACCUUUGCUUGCCAGAACGGCAUGCAUUGCUUUUCAAAGAUUGUCUAUAGAGGAUAGAAAAAAGUUGCUGGUUAGUAAUGGUAGCCGGAUAUUUGGUAUUCUGGAAAGCUUAAUUACUGGAUUUUGGCUCCCAGAAAGCAUAUGGUAUGCUGCUGCAGAUAAAGCAAUCACUGCCAUAUAUAUAAUCCAUCCAACUCCAGAAACCAUAGCUGCUGAUAUUGUGAAGAAACUGCUUAGUUCAGUUUUUGAUUGUAGUGGAGGGCAUGAUGGGCAGAAUGAAACUGACAGUAGCAGUGCCAAUGUUCUCACAGAAGUUCAAGUAUCAAAACUUAGUAGAUAUUUAUUUGUCUUAAGUCAUGUUGCCAUGAACCAGUUGCUAUACAUAGAAUCUUGUGUUCGGAAAAUCCAGAAGCAGAAGACGAAGGAAAAAUUGGUUACUGAUGUUGACAAUGUUCAUAAAACUGGCACAAAGCCAGAUGAUCAACCAAAUGGCAAUAAUAUCAAUGCUGAACUAGGUGUUGCUGCCUCAGAAGAUGCAAUUCUUGAUGCACUUUCUGAAAGAGCAGAGCAAGAGAUCAUUUCUGGCGGUUCCAGUGAGAAGAACGUGAUUGGAUUUUGUGCCUCUUUCCUUUCAAAGCUUUGUAGAAAUAUUAGUUUGAUGCAAAAGUAUCCAGUACUCCAGGCAUCUGGAAUGCUUGCUCUUUGUAGAUUUAUGAUUAUUGAUGCAAAUUUUUGUGAUGCAAAUCUCCAGCUGCUCUUCACUGUUGUGGAAAGCGCUCCAUCCGAAACUGUUCGCAUCAAUUGCACAAUUGCUCUAGGAGAUUUGGCAGUUCGCUUUCCAAAUUUGUUAGAACCAUGGACUGAGAACAUGUAUGCUAGGUUACGAGAUCCUUCAGUCUCUGUUAGAAAAAAUGCUGUGUUAGUUCUUUCACAUCUUAUCUUAAAUGACAUGAUGAAGGUGAAGGGUCAUAUUAAUGAGAUGGCGAUGUGUUUAGAAGAUGAAGAUGAAAGGAUAUCAAAUCUGGCCAGACUUUUCUUCCAUGAGUUGUCUAAGAAAGGAAGCAAUCCUGUUUAUAAUUUACUUCCAGAUAUACUUGGCAAAUUAUCUGCCAAGAAUCUCAAGAGGGAAUCUUUCUGCAACAUCAUGCAGUUCUUAAUUGGUUCUAUCAAAAAGGACAGACAAAUGGAAGCUCUUGUUGAAAAGCUGUGCAAUCGGUUUUGUGGAGUCACUGCUGUUAAGCAGUGGGAAUAUAUAUCUUAUUGCCUUGCGCAACUGGCCUUUACUGAAAAGGGAAUGAGAAAACUCAUUGAAUCAUUCAAGACAUAUGAGCAUGCCCUGUCUGAGGAUUCUGUGGCAGACCAUUUCAGAAGCAUAAUUAGCAAGGCUAAAAAGUUUGCGAAACCAGAACUUAAAUCGUGUAUUGAGGAGUUUGAGGAGAAGCUUCAGAAAUUCCACAUGGAAAGGAAGGAGCAGGAAUUGACUGCAAGAAACGCAGAUAUUCAUCGGCAGAAGGUCGAAAAUGUAGAACGUGUCAUCAUGGCUAGAAAUGAGGAUGCUGAGUGUGAAGAAUCCAUUAUAACUGAAGAUGGCGAAGUAGUUGAUCCUUGCACGGAAGAGAUCUCUCGUUGUACGAAUGAAAUAUCAGAUGCAAAAUCCAAUGACUUGGAUGAAGGUUCAGGUAUUUCCAGUAGUGAGGUGAUGCAGACAGAGCCAGAUGAAUUUGAAGAAGUCCUGUCACCAAAAGUUACUACAAAAGGGAGCUCCAGAGCUAGAGUAAAGAAAAGCAAGACGAAUGAGCAGAAGAAUGGCGUUUCUGCAACCACUAGAAGAUCGACGAGAUCAAAGGAUAGGUAACUUAUCAUAAUACAUGUCCAUCUCUUGUUUUCUUUACUCACAAAACAAGAGAGUCAGCUAAUUUGGUGUUAGUCUGUUAGUUAGGCAUAUAUAUAUGUCAUUAGCUAUAGGAAAUGAAUGAAAAUUCUGGUUUAGAUGAUUGUGCAGCUGCUAGAGUUAGAAAGCUUCAGAUAUCUUCUAACUGGUGUAAAAUAUCAUUUCAGCCUACAUUGUAGAGCUAAGUGUAUUAAAAAGAAGGUGCACAAAAUGAAGUAUUCGUGUUUCUA